ACUUGGUUGGUGUGUGUCGAGCCACAGUGGGUGUUUAACUCAGCAGCCAAAGUGAAUCGGCUGCAGGACAGACACUUAGGAGAACAACUUCUGAGAGUUAAAAUCUAUUGCUGAAGAAAAUCACACUGAUUUUUUGCUUCUUCGUCUCACUAUUCUGCAUUUAUCCUGCUGGAAAGAAGAAAAAAAUCAUGUCUUCCCUACGGCUGGCGAAUGACAACCUAGCCAUCGAUGGCAACUUGGCUUAUGAAGAUUGGUACCUGUACGAGCCAAUAGGAGACCAGGAUGACACGGUUCAUGACACUGUCCCAGACUGCUAUCCAACCAUCCCUUAUAAGCUCUACCAUGUCUGUGUGGCUUCAGUAUCGUUGGCCAUUUUGCUGAUUCUCUCUCUGCUGGUGAAGCGGAAGAAACUCUAUAAACAUUGCUGGGAUGGAGCUCCUGGACUUUUAAGCCCUGUGCGUUUCUUGGAAGAGGAAGGGAACAAAGUCCUGACUGUAACAGUGUUCAGCAUUCUCUUCUCCUCCUUGUGUGUGCUGGUUCUGGAUAAUGAUCCACUGCCCUUCAUCUCCGACUCUUCAACACAGAAUCGAGAGUACUGGAAGAUCAUGGCUUUGCUCUAUUACCCUGCCUUCUACUAUCCCUUAAUUGCAUGUGCUACAGUCAGACACAGAGCUGGUUACUUCUUUGGCUGCUUGCUGUCCUGGUGCCACUGUGUGGUCCAUCUCUGGCAGAAGGUGGAAUGCCCUCAAUCACCCAAGAUUUAUAGGUACUAUUCCCUGCUUUCUUAUCUCCCUAUCACUUUGUGCCUUGUGAUUUUGAGCCUUUGGUAUCCUGCACAGCUUGUGAAGAGUUUCAGACAGAAGACGAUGAUGGUUGCUGAGGAGCUGCCUGGGAGUGGCUAUUACAAAGACUAUCUGAAGAAUAUCCUGGCAAAAAGAACACCAAAGAGAAGCACCAGCAGAACCAAGCCAAGCAUGCUCUCAAGGCUCCGCUCAUAUUUAUGUUCUUACAUCUACACACCUCAGGAAGGCUUCCAGUUCCCUCUGAAGCUGGUUCUCUCCUUAGCCAUGGCUGUGAUAGCUGUCUAUCAGGUAGCCCUCCUCCUUCUUGUGACGUUCGUUCCCAACAUCCAGAUAGUAAGGUCUGGAAUGACAAAGGAGCUGACUGCACUAUUGGUGCAGUUUGGUGUGGUCCCUUCUGAAAACGUUGCAGGAAUCCCUGGAGAGAAGGAGUUGGCAACAGCUAAGCAUUUCAUUUGGUCACUAGAAGUCUGCUUCGUCUCUUCCCUGGUCAUCUCCUGUCUGUUGACUUUCUGCAUGUUGAUGAAGUCCAUGGUGAAGCACAGGAUUAACCUCCAGCACCUGUACCAAGGGGCAGUCACCGAUGUCUUCUACCAUUCCCACAAACUUAAGCCUUCCCAACAGGCUGUUGUAUCCUGGAUGUGCUUUGCCAGCUUCCAGACUGCUUUUGCCUGCUUAGGUUUGCUCAUCCAGCACAUUGUCUUCUUUAUUGGCACUGUGGGUUUCACUUUUCUGGUGGUCAUCCCCUUGCAAUCUGGCACCAACAUGCACCUCUUUAAAACUGUGGAGAACAUGUGGCCCUUCUGGUUCAUCUUGGUAGUGGCUGUGAUUGCACAGAACCUGCUGACUCACUACUGUUUUCUGGAGCGUGGCCAUCUAUCAAAUGAGCUGACCAACAGGCGAGCUCUGUACACUGUGACAUACCUGCUCUUCCCUAUCAAUGUGCUAGUGGGGGUCUUUGCUGGAGUCUGGAGGAUGGUUGUCUCUGCACUUUACAAUGUCUUCCACUUUUGCCGGCUGGAUGUGAGCCUCCUAAGUCAUGGGGUUGAGGUCUUUGAUCCAGGCUACCGCACGUAUUGUCACUACUUGAAAAUUGAGGUCAGCCAAUCACACCCAGUGAUGAAAGCUUUCUGCUUUCUGCUCCUCCAGUUGUGCAGCCACAAAGGAACGAAGAUGGGACUUCAGCUAAAAGAUGUAGAAGAAGGGGUGAUGCUCAUGAAGACCAAGAAGUUGGCAUCAAAAGCAUCUAAGUGCCAGCAGAGCCGUGCCCGGUGGUCCUUGGCAUACACCCUCCUCAACAAUCCCUCCCUCCUGCCCUACCGAAAGGGGGCUCUAUCAGUCUCCACAGCCAAUGGGAUACCAGCCAGCGUUGCAAAGCCUUAACAGUACAGACAAAAGUUUAUUGAAAACGAUGGACUGCACCCUUGGGAAGAAUGUAUCCUGUGUCUCUUCGCCACCCCAUCCCCUUGUCAUUCUCCUCCCAUGUGUUCUGCUCUUCUCUGUGCCUCCCUUGUAGUCUUGCCACAAGGCUGUGGCCUACUUUCCCUGAGGCUAGAGUCUUUGCCACCACACCAAAGAAGACUUGUGACACAAAGAUGGAAUAAUGUUAUAUUUAUUAAAAUAUAACACACUAAAUCAAAUUCAAUCCAGCCAAUUAUCCAAAUAUAAAAUACUUUGGGCAGGUGAGGCAAAACCUAAGUGGAAGGGAAUACUCCAUCCCAUUCUGAAGGCAAAUAAUUCUCCUCAGACUGUAACUCCACAGUCAAGGAUGUGGGAGAAAUCCUCCCUCCUUGCUAUUGGAGUCAGGUGUGUGGUUCCAACCUCCGCAUCCUGGCCCCGCCAUACAGGCGUUCACCAAGAUGCGCAAGCCGGUCCCACGAGGACACUCCCCAGAUCCCCACCAGACAUUAAGCCCUGAUGGUUCCCUAGGGAGUGCCCUUUACCAGAAUGCCUCAACCGCCUCAAUUUUAACCCCAAUAUACCUCACCUGCCCGAAUUCCAUGCCAGCCAAAGCAGACACACCACAACCCUACCCGACAGGCCAAUUGAAUUAAACCCAAGCGGUAUGGAGUAGGCAAAACCAAAGGGAUUCUGAAAUCAGGAUCCCCCCCAAAAAAUUCCUACUCAGCCCCAUUUGGCGACUAGCAGAGCCUAUACU